AUGUCUGGACUAGAGCAAGAUCUAUUGAUGAAUGGUAAAAUAGAAAUUUGCCCGGAGAAAAUAGCCUUUACAGAUGAUAUAGUAGAAAAUGCUGCAUCAGGCGAUAUUAAGGACACCGGAGCUACGACUACGGUUAUCGACGAACUUGGGGGCAAAAAGAUUGAAGAGUUCAAGCCUUUGAAUAGCACAAAAUCUCAUCUGUACACAAUGCAGGAACUGGUGGAAAUAGGCAAGUCAUUAUCUGAUCAGUCUCAGGUCUCACUAAGCGUACAUAUUCCAAAAAAGAGUUUCUGGAGAUUGACCAACAGACACCCAGAUAGAAGACAGUCUGAAGUGGGCGCUAGUAUGGGAAAUGGUCACAAAAAUGGAUCAACAUUCCGAAUGCCGGAAUCCAACGCUGAAAAGAAGAAUCACAGGGCAAAAAAUACUCGCAACGCGAAACGUGGCAGCAAAUUUGCCAAGGGAGAUAAGCCUUACUUGGAAGAAAAAGAUGUGCAAGUGAACAACGAUGAUCUGCUUGCAUUGGAGGAGAAGAUAAAGCCCACAGGAAACUCUAUCACAGAUUUUGAAAACUGGAGGAAAAAAAUGAAGGAAUUGGAGGGUCAAAAGAGGGGACCUUCAACGAACAGUAGCUCCGAUGCAAUUGAAAGACCUACACUAUCCAAUAAUGGGAGCUCAAUUUCUGAUUUUUUCAAUUUAAACAGGCAAAGCUCGUCCAAUUUCGAAGAACUUGAACCAGACCAGGAAACUUUGGAAAGCGCCAAGACCUCUUCGCAUUCUCGAUUCUCUUCUUUUUUCAAUACUGGAACAGCAGCUAGCAAAAAUGAAUCAUCCAGCACAUUAGCCCAACCCCCAACACCCAAGGAGGCCGAGGCAAAGUCUAACGCUGGUUCCCGUAUCUUGUCUUUUUUCGACAAUAUGGAGACCGAGAAAGGUGCAGCAGAGCAACUACCACAACACAAAACUUCCUCCACUUCAUCUGUAUCAUCACCACCGGUGCAAGAACAGACAAAUAACCACUUUUUCCAGGGGCUUUUGAACAGAGGCAAAGCAUCCCCCAGCCCAAAAGCAGAUGACGCGCGAGCCUCGAAUGAUAGUGUUGCCACGAAAGCGCGUGCUACAGUACCUUAUUCUACCCCUGGUGGUGAACAAUCAAAGGUCCAAGAGCAUCAAAGAGCUAGAGCUCCUCCCGGUCUGUCGUCGAUACCAGGAAACGCCCCCGUUGCACCUAAUCAGGGGCCCUCCGGUUAUCAUAUGGGCAUGUCCAUGAACACGUAUUCUCAAAAUCCACCGAUGGCUCAGCCACCUACUGGAUUUCAGCAAUUCCAGAUGCCACCUCCAGGAGUUGGCGUGCCUCAACCUUUUUUCACUAACCAGGGGCAAGCUAGUGAAAAAGGUAACAAGGUCUUUCGUCCACCCAACAUGCAACUCCCGUUCAUUCCGGGCCCUCACAACAUGCCACCACCAGGUUUCGGCCCGAUGCACGGUAUGCCUCCACCAAACAUGUCACAAGAAAUGCCUCUCCCUAUCAACAACAUGAUGGCUCCUCCACCCGGAUUCUUCAAUCAAGGAGGCCCUAUUCCUCCUUAUGGGAACCCUCAAAUUGCCCCACAUGCUUUGAACGGCAACGUUCAGCAGCAAGGUAUGCGUCCGCGCGAGGCUAAGUAA